AUGUCUGUGGGCCUCAACAAGGGCCACAAGAUGACUAAGAACGUGAGCAAACCAAGGCACAACCAGUGCCUCAGAUGCCUCCCAAGCACACCAAGUUUAUACAGCACAAGAUCUGGGAGUUGGGUGGCUUUGCCAAUAAGGGUGGUAACAUACAGCUGUUCAAGGUCUCCAAGCACAAAAGAGCCCUCAAGUUCAUUAAGAAAAGGGGAGGGAUGCAUAUAUGCACCAAAGAGGAAGCUGCAGGAGCUGAGCAACAAGCUGGCCACCAUGAGGAACAUAGAUGCCAAGAAGGACUGA